CGCACCGCACCUGUGUUGUUAUCGUUCGUGUUGCGUAUUUUCUGGAUGAAUGGUCUUGCAUGUCCGGCUUUUGCCGGCGAUAAAAGGGCGCCAGCUUCGGUGGUGACGACAGAAGUCAAAUAACGCGUGCAUCAUAAGCAUACAAUACGUACUUGUGUAUUGUGUCGGGAUAUUUGUGUAUUUUCCACUUUUCUGACCGAGCGUUACCUACAUACGCUAUGUAUUCGCUGCAACUCGUAAUUUAGGCAUUUUCCCCCGUUUUUCUAAUUUAAUCCCACAGCCGAAUACGAAGCUCCAACUUAAAAUUUCACUAUCCAGUAACAACCAGCCGUGAAAGAUUAAUCUAAUUUCCAGCCGGUGUUUUUCUAAUUGUUUAUAAUCGCGUUUAAUGUGGAACUGGUCCUGUUCACACGAUGAGAACUUUUCACUUGAGUUUCUUAGCCUUUUUUUGCGCGCUUUGCGGGGCCGUAACGGCAUUAUGGCAUUAUGCCCCAGUGUGUGCGUCUGUGAUUUCGAUGAAUGCGGCCGGAAACGGGUGCGCUGCGAGCAGGGCGGUGUCCGCAUUCCCGGCACCCUGGACAUCCAGAAUCUGGACAACGAUGUGGAAGUACUGGUCGUCUCGGGAUCUCCAGAGAAUCCCAACAUUAUUAAUCUGGAGCCGAGCAUGUUUUUGAACAAGCGCUUCAAGGAAAUCCAUCUGACGCAUUCGGAUCUGGAGCGCAUGUCAUCCUCGCCGUUUCACUACGUGUCCAACACGCUGCAGGUGCUGAAUUUAACGCACAAUCGGCUGAGUUUUGCCGUGGAGCAGAAUUUUCGCAAUCUGACCCGGCUGACGCAUCUCCAUCUGGAUUAUAACCGCAUCGAGCCGGUGUUUUCCGCCAUGUUCAACUUCCUCAGUUCCUUAAAGGUGCUGACCAUGUCGCACAACUUAAUCCGCGAAAUCCCGCCCCGUAUGGCCUUAAAGUUGGCCUCUCUCGAGGUGCUGGAUUUAAGCUCGAACCCCCUAGGCGAACGCCAACCGGACGCCCUCAACGACAACCGGCAACCGAUUCCCGACACUAUAUUCCAAGACUUCCAGUUUGCGGGUGCUGCGUCUGGCCAACACCAGUUUAAACGGACUGCCGUGGUCGGCCAUUGCUCGAUCCGUUCCAUAUUUCCAGGAAGUCGACCUAUCUGGCAAUCUAUUACGCGAAAUCCUUGUCAACCAACUAUCGCUGAAUCGACACCUCCAGGUCGUCAAUCUCGCCGACAACCCCCUGACACGCAUCGCGCCCCUCGGGUUUAGUGGUUUGACGUUGCGGAACCUUGAUUUGAGCGGGAUCAACGCCAGUGUCCUCGUUCCGGGGGUGUUUCAAGGCGCCAGGAUCGAAUUCCUCGAUAUUAGCGGGAUGAAUUUGACCGGUGUGAAUCACGAGGUGUUUCGGCCGAUUUCGCUCGAUGUGAAGGGUCUAACGAUCGGCGGGGACUCGGCGGCGGCUUGGGCCAGCCGGCUGCUGGAGAUUUUCCCGAAUUUGCAGCAGUUGAUGAUGAAACGGAUCGGGAUGUAGUUUGUGAUCACCGGAAUUUUAGCGAAAACAUCAUAAAAUUUUCUUCGGCAGGCUUUUUCCUUCAGUCCGCGAUUUACGUCGCAAUUUUUUAUGCGUCGUGAAGGCCGACCGGUUGGGUUUGCUUCGGUCUGGUUCCAAAUGACACAUUAACACCUUACAAUUAUUCCUGUGAUUCAUUCCUAAUUAUUUCUAAAAUUAUUGUAGGAAAAUAAUCUGUUGUGGAGAAAAGGAAAAUAAAAAGGCGGGGAGCUUAAAAAAUUCCAAAUUAAAUUCGCAUUACGCUGCCGCAUCGAGCGGCUGUAGUUGUUGCAAGCGCCGGAAGUCCUUGAAUUCCCUUAAUUAAUUUAAGGGUUCAGCUUAGCGGUUUGCGUGAAACAUAAAUUAUGUUUGACAGGAAAGUCAUUUGCACAAAAUGAUUCAGGCUAUUGUGCAGAAAAUCGUUCAGUUGCGUUUUAUGUAUCUAAAUGUAUUACAACGGAUCCUCCAGUAUUUUUCGCUGGACCCCCGUAAUAUUUUUCUCGUGACCGGCCACGCUAAGUUUCUGUUACAGAUAAUUAAAUGGACUUGUCAAAAUUAAAAGCACCGCGGCUGCGUAUAAUUGGUAUACUUGAUUAGUAAUAAUAUUUUUG